CAGACACGUUGCCUGGGGAGCAGGAACACGGGCCGCUCAGUCGCAGCUCCGCAGCACGGAAAAGCACGAAGCUCAGCGACGCGCAGCACGUCGUGUCCUGGACUUACCUCUGAAACAAAGGAACGCGCACCAUUCCCUGUUAUCCUGACCAAAAGGCCAGUAAUGAAGCGGCCGAGGAUGUCGGCAUCAGAUUCGGAUUAUUCCAUUGACUGGCUGGCCAGUGAUGAUGACGAAGACAACGACAGUGAGCUGGAAACUGAAUGUAACCGGGAACAGCACACUUUGUCCACAACUCCUGCACCUCAAAACAGCUGUAACCCUCAAUCCUGCAGGAAAAGCAUUGACUCCUAUAUCGAGGAUAGGAGCUGCAUGGGCAGCCCCCCCUCCAGCCCAACCAGCUCUUUUAGCACUGGAGACAGAGAGCCCUCACCAUCAGGGCAGAAAGACAAAUCUGGCCACAGCUGCACCACUGUAAGCCCUAAAGGCAAAAGCAGACAGGCGCAGAAGAGAGUGUGGAGCUUGCCAAUGCCGGAGCAAAAAGAAAAGCAUCUCACAGAGAGCUCAACAGAGAAGGACAAGCUGUUUGCAUGCAAGUGUGUGGAGUUGCAGUGCUACAUUCACCCACUCUCUUCAAUCCUGAAUGGCCUCCGUUCUGGCAGAUACAGAGAACGGCUCAGCACUUUCCAGGAGAGUGUAGCUAUGGAUCGGAUCCAGAGAAUAAUGGGGGUCCUUCAGAAUCCUUGUAUGGGUGAACGCUAUAUUGACAUCAUCCUGAAAAUGGAGGAAAUGUUGAAAACCUGGUUCCCUAAUGUAAAACCCAACCACCAAACCACUGCUGUGGAGCUGACACAAGAGACCACACUGCUGAAAAAACCCAAGUUGUCCUCGAUUCUGACCCCCGUUUCUGUUGGUCUCUUCAACUCUGGCACUACUGGUGCUUCUCCGGUGGUUGCUAAGGCCAUGCGGGUCAGUGACCUUCUCCUUCAAGCACCUUAUUCUGCCACCAAUCUGAAAUGGCUUCACACAUCUCCCAUCUGCUCACCCACUGCUGAGCAGGGCCAACGCACAGUCCGGAACUUGCUAACAGCACACAGAGAUGAGGAUGUGACGCAGGACAACUCGGUUUCCUCCACCAUUGAUACUCCCGAACUUAACAUGGACUCGGUGCCUAGUCAGCCACCUCCAGGAAAGAUCAGUGCCCCAUGCCUGGAGAGACUACUGAAAUCCACAGAGAGCAUCAUCAACCACAAAGCCUCCAGGGGGACGAGCAAUAUGAGUGCUGACACCUUAUCCUAGACCAUAGACACUGGGCUUUCGGUAUUCAGAGCCUAAACAGCAGGCACUUAUAUUAUGUCGUGCCAGUGCACUCAAGCGCACCCCAGCGCAAGCUCCCUGCUCCAUUUCAGCCUUUCAGGGACACACUGAGCAAAGCUAUGGCCAAGCCUAGCACCUAGUCUGACACAGCCUGCAGAUACACAUGCACCAGCAUGUCACUGGUGUGGUAGUGUGUCCUCAUCUAAUUUGGAUUUGUCAGCUUUGAAUCCUCUCGGGUGUAUUACAGUUUGUCUCCCAGAUAUGCCUGGUGAGGCAGAGGACUAGUGGCUUGAUGUGUAGAGGCAGCACAUUGGUAUCUGUGAAUAAAGGAAAACAUUACUUCAGAAAGGGAUUGGAAAAAAGCAGGAGUAAUGUGUUUUUAGGGAACACUUCAGAAAUUCCAAUGUGUCAGUAAACCCCAUCAUAGAUGUAGAUAAAUGUGUGGGAUGAAUGUGAAUUUUGCUUCUUCUUUUUUCAUCCGCUCCACUGGAGUAGAUUAAUGUGACUGUUACUUCAUAGGUAUAGAUACGUUUUUGGUACAACGGUUCUACCUCAAUCUGACACCGUGUCAAUGGUUGUGAAUAGAACGAAUAAGAACUAACGUUCACUGACAUAGAAUCAGAAAGAGGGAGCCUGCUAAGAUCAAGGUGAGCCAAACUUACCUGUAGUGCCAGGGUCUUGGGUAUGAGCCUUUUUCUCUGCAAGGAGAAGCUCCACAGGCCUGACUGGUGCCAAUGUAUAGAAUGUGAACUGCAUUUUUUUUUGUUCUUAUGAGCAUCUCCAAGUUUGAGGGCAUCCAGUGCCUGUUAUUUUAAUGUCAAGCUGUGCCUGUACACUGGUUUUGAAGUGAAUGAGAACCACCUGGAAUACCUGCAACCUCUGAAUGAUGGACUAGAAUGAAUCAGGCAGGAAUAGUCAUAACUCCUGGCAAAAGAUGCAUAGCUUAUAUAUUUGCAAACUCUUUGUUCAAGUGGGACAGUGACGUUUAUGUUUAAGGGAUAUUCAAAGUUUGUGUAAAAAUUUGAGGUUGUUAAUCUACCCUUGCAAAGUGGCCUUUACAGUGUGAUUAUUUUAUACUUUCAAAAUAAAUGUGGUUAUAUUUGUUUGGCGUA